AUGCGGCCUGCACUUUGUAAAGAACGGCGCUGGUACCAUGAACUAUCAUAUGCAUCACAUGGUGAACCAACAGAUGUCCUUUCCUUUCAGACGACUUCAGAUGAUGUCAAUCAUGAUCCCACUGACGAGAACUUGGUCCAUGUCAAGAUGAUACACUCUCCAUGGAACCCUGCUGAUAUUAAUACUGUGCAAGGCACAUAUCCGUCACCUGCAAAGUCACUAGGUAUCAAAGACAACCUGAGUGCUGAAAGUCUCUACUUCAGUGAUCGGUGGGUCGCGGGAUCUGAAGGUUGGGGCCGCAUAACUUCAGACUCCAAAAAUCUUCGGAAAGGUUCGCUUGUUGCAAUUGGUACCCCUGGACUCGGUACUCUCAGAUCGUCACUUUGGAUUCCAGAGUCUUCUUUACUAGUUCUUUCUGAGGAAAUUUUGGGAAUUUCUGGGCCUGCAGGAUGUAGCUUGAUUCAGUUGGGAGGAACUGCAUUUAGAAUGCUGAGCGAUUUUGCGCCCCUUCAACCAGGAGAUGUUGUAGUCCAAAAUGCCGGAAACUCGGCUGUGGGCCUCAUGGCGAGUCAGAUAGCAGCUUCCAAGGGAAUCUCAAUGGCAAGCGUGGUUCGACGCGGUUCCAGGUCGCAAGAUGAGUACGACGAACUAGUCGAGUACCUCUUGAGUAAAGGAAAGAAUAGCCUUGUAAUCGCCGAAGAAGAUUUGGACGACAAGGAGUCGUUGCGAAGAUUCCAAGCUGAAUUGAAGCAAAUUUCAGUAUCUAACGAAUUGCCCAAGUUGGCCCUGAAUGCAGUAGGCGGCGCGAGUGUCAAAGCGUUAAUCCGUUCUCUUGAGAAUGGCGGUACUCUCGUCACCUAUGGCGGUAUGUCAGCUCAGCCAGUUGUACUAGGAACACCGCAGCUUAUUUUCAAAGACAUACGUGCCGUUGGAUAUUGGCACAGUCGAUGGAUGAUUCAACAAAGUCACGAGCAAAAGCAGGAAAUGGUGAAUAUUUUGUCGAAGGCUGUGUUGGACAAGUCCAUUGAGUGUCCUCCGGUAAAGGUAUUUCCUCUGAAAAACGUCGAAGAAGCUCUACAUUGGCAGUCAAGUCAAGGCUCCAUCCGAAAAAAACUAAUAUGGGACUGCCAGGAAAUAUAG